GGUAAAAUACUUUGGACAAAUCAGCAUGGGGACCCCAGGCCAGACCUUCACCAUCCUGCUUGACAAAGCAUCCUCAUACCUUUGGGUCAACUCCAUCAAAUGCAAUAGUCAAGCCAGCAUGCUCCAUACACUCUUCAACCCCCAGAAAGCCUCCACCUACUCCAGCAAGGGACAGACCAUGUCUGAGGCAUGUGGAGCUGGAAGCCUCACAAUGGUCAUUGGUCACAACACUGUCUUGGUGGGAGGACUCAAGAUCACUAAACAGAAGAUUGGUCUGAGCCUGAAUGAGCCUGGCAGCUAUUUUGACAGAUCUGUAUGAAGGCAUCCUGGGCCCGGCUUUCAGACCAGAUGACCAGCAAACUGUUGUGACACCAUGAUCCAGCCAGGUCUUAUCGAGGAGCCUGUCUCUGCAUUCUAUCUAACCAGAAGCAAUGCUACCGCUUAUUUGUUGCAUCAGUGUGGGAUAAUCACUGACGAUACUAGGGGUGGCACGGUUCACAAAAGGCUUGUAGAGGGAAUGGCGAGAUGGCACCUGACA